AUGUAUUCUAUCAAAUCAAAACAAAUUCGACCUUCCCGAUCCGCAUUAAAAACUGAUAAUAAAUUUGGAAUACACGAUAUUCGAAUGUAUCAAGCCAUAGAUAUUGCCGAUGAACUAACAUUAAUGAAUCAAAGUCUACUAUUACUUAUUACACCAGUAGAAUUAUUUAAUUUUGCAUUUCUAUCCAAUGAAAAAAAAGUUUUAGCACCAAAUAUAACCACAAUGCUCGAGUUUUAUGAUAGAACAGUAGCGCUAUUUGCUACACAGAUUUUACGGCAAAGAACAGAUAAAAUGCGUGCAUCUAUUAUAAUACAUUUAUUUUCGGUUGUUCAACAUUUAUAUAUCAAAAAUCACGAUAUACAUAGUAUUCGUAUUAUCUUAGCAACAUUUGAUCAUCCAUCGAUUUUUCGAUUACGUGACACAUGGCGAAUAUUUCGUAUACAAAAGCCAAAAUUUUAUACAGCAUUAAAAUAUCUCUGGAAUGUUCUUAGUCAAGAAAAUAAUUGGGAAGAUUAUCAUUUAUGGCUCGAACAAAAAUUCAUUACAGAUUGUUUAAAUAAAAAACAACCAAUGUUACUAUUCAUCGGAUAUUUAUUAUCGAAAAUGAUCAUUGAUCAUUAUCAUUAUUAUACAAUAUCAAGUCAUAGUAAAACCAGUACAUUAUCUCGAGUUCAUAUGACACUUAUUGACUACAUCAAAUCAUCUCCCAAAAACUAUCAAUAG